AUGCCGUUUGCUAGCAUCGAAGACAUCAAAACGAGUCUGGAAAACCCGAAUACUGUGAUCUUGGACGUUCGAACAACUCCGGAGAUUCGCAUGUCGGGAAAGAUUGAAGUCGAAGGACAUAAGUGGUACCAGUGUGCUUGUGGGCCCUUCUCUCGAGAUUUGCGGCUAAACACUGAUGCUUGGGAUAAGAAUGCAGGGGUGAUUGUACAUUGUCGCUCAGGCCACCGCUCAUCAGCCGCCAAGAAGAUUCUGGAGGGCAGAGGAUUUGAGAAUGUGCUCGAUGGUGGAGGCUAUUCCAAAUUGAAAAAAUCCUUGGGGCUGUCAGAAAAGUGA